UUUUGAAGUGUAUUAACAUCAACAUUUUUUGUCUCCAAUGCGUAACACCAAGAUUUUAGCUGGUUCCUCUCAUCCUGAGCUUGCCGCACUUGUUACCAAGCGUCUUGGUACUCCUCUUUCUGAGUGUACUUUGCAAAAGUUUAGUAACAAGGAAACCAAUGUAGAGAUUCGUGUCUCUGUUCGUAAUGAGGAUGUCUUUAUUAUUCAGUCUGGUUCUAACAACAUGAAUGAUAACAUUAUCGAACUUUGUAUCAUGAUUCAAGCUGCUCGUAUUGGUUCCGGUAAGAGAAUUACUGCCGUUCUUCCUUACUUUCCUUACUGCAAGCAAAGUAAGCGUAAGGGUAGAACUAGUAUUACUGCUAAACUUGUGGCCAACAUGUUGGCUGUUGCUGGUGUUGAUCACAUUAUUACCAUGGAUCUUCACGCUUCACAAAUGCAAGGUUUCUUCCAACGUCCUGUAGAUAACUUGUAUGCUGAACCUGUCAUUGCUCGUUGGAUCACUCAAACUGUUCCCAACUGGCAAAACGGUGUGAUUGUAUCCAAGAAUGCCGGUGGAGCCAAGCGUGUCACUUCUUUGGCUGAUGCUCUCCGCCUCGAUUUUGCCUUGAUCCAUAAGGAUCGUUCUCGUAUGGGACCUCAAGGACAAAACCGUCCUUACAGUGGUAUGCCCAAGUCUGGUGAAGGUGACUCCACUGUCCGUGUCUACGAAGAAGAAGUCCUCAAGCAAAAGGAGGAUAAGGAAGAUUUGAUUGCUUCCAUCUCUUCAUUGAACGAAGCUGGUGUCAAUGGUGAUAUUUUGAAUGCUGCUGUGACUGUUGUUGCCGAUAAGGAUGGCGAGAGCACAAUCACCUUGGUUGGUGAUGUCAAGGGUAAGGUUGCCUUCUUGACCGACGAUAUCAUUGAUAAUGUUGGUACCUUUGUGGAUGCAGCCGACCAUUUGGUUAAGAAGUGUGGAGCAGAUAAGGUUUAUAUUAUCGCCACUCAUGGUGUAUUAAGUGGAGAUGCUAUCAAAAAGAUUGAAGCUUGUGAUAGUGUAUACAAGUUGGUUGUUACCAAUACUUUCCCUAUUCCCAAGGAAAAGAGCGAUCAGUGCUCCAAGUUGAUCGUGAUUGAUAUCUCCAACACACUUGCUGAGGCAAUAAGAAGAACCCACAAUGGUGAGAGUGUAAGUUAUCUCUUUAAUCACGCCGAAUAAAAUAUACAAAUAAAAAAAAAACUCCAAGCUAAACGGACAUACACAUAUAUAUUUCAUGUAUAUUACUCAUAACAUUAUAAAUAAACACAUAUAAAAAAAAAAGGAGGGAACAUAGGGGAGUUUUUUCCCCAACUGAAAUUUUCUUUUUUUUUCCCUUUUUUUGUUUUUGUUUUUACAAUUAU